CGAGGCACAGCGGGCGCGCGGGCCGGCCCCGGGGCCUCCAUGAUGGAGGAGCGAGCGGCCGCCGCCGUCGCCACCGCCGCCUCCUCCUGCCGCCCGCUGGGCUCCAGCGCGGGCCCCGGCCCGACGGGGGCGGCCCCGGUCUCAGCCCCCGCCCCCGGGCCCGGCCCGGCUGCUAAGGGAGGCGGCGGCGGAGGCAGCCCCGGCCCCACGGCAGGACCGGAGCCCCUGAGCCUGCCCGGAAUCCUACACUUUAUCCAGCACGAGUGGGCGCGCUUCGAAGCGGAGAAGGCCCGCUGGGAGGCCGAGCGCGCGGAGUUGCAGGCUCAGGUGGCCUUCCUCCAGGGAGAAAGGAAGGGGCAAGAGAAUCUCAAGACAGACCUGGUGAGGCGGAUCAAGAUGUUAGAAUACGCACUGAAGCAGGAGAGGGCCAAAUAUCAUAAAUUGAAAUUCGGGACAGACCUGAACCAGGGGGAGAAGAAACCAGAACUGUCGGAACAAGUCUCCAAUGGCCCCGUGGAGUCGGUCACCCUGGAGAACAGCCCGCUGGUGUGGAAGGAGGGGCGGCAGCUUCUCCGACAGUACCUGGAAGAGGUGGGCUACACUGACACCAUCCUGGAUAUGCGGUCCAAGCGCGUGCGCUCCCUACUGGGCCGCUCGUUGGAACUCAAUGGGGCCAUGGAGCCCAGCGAAGGGGGCCCCAGGGCCAUGCCGGGCCCCGGGGGUCUCAGCGGGGGUGAGUCACUGCUGGUGAAACAGAUCGAGGAGCAGAUCAAAAGGAAUGCGGCCGGCAAAGACGGCAAAGAGCGCUUGGGUGGCUCGGUGCUGGAGCAGAUCCCCUUCCUGCAGAACUGCGAGGAUGAGGACAGCGACGAGGACGACGAGCUGGACAGCGUGCAGCACAAGAAGCAGCGCGUGAAGAAAGCCCUUGGCUGCACGGUGGCUGCAGGCCAGGAGCUCGUGGCGGCGGCAGCACUAGCAGUGCUUGGCAGGGGCAUGGCGCUCAUAGUCCCAGGCGGCGUUGGACAUAACUGCGCAGGGCCCCUCUCCGGACCGACCCCUGCCCUGUCUGUCUGGGCAGGCUGUCUGAACCUUGACGCUCGGUCUUCUCCCGGGAAGGAAGAAGGAGGCGCUCAUCCCAUCCCCCUCCUCCCACACGGGCCAGAGGCUGGCGCUUCACAGCUGCCACCCAAGGCCCUGGUUCCCGAAAUGGAAGAGGAAGACGAGGAGGACGACUCAGAGGAUGCCAUCAAUGAAUUUGAUUUCCUGGGCUCAGGGGAAGACGGGGAGGGCUCUCCAGACCCCCGGCGGUGCGCUGGAGAGGGGACCCACCAUGAACUGGAAAGCCGACGGGUCAAACUCCAGGGGAUUUUGGCCGACCUUCGGGAUGUGGAUGGGCUGCCACCCAAAGUGCCUGGCCCACCUCCCGGCACACCGCAGCCCCGGCCCCACGAAGGUUCCUUUGGCUUCUCCUCAGACGUUUUCAUCAUGGACACUAUCGGGGGCGGGGAGGUGAGCCUGGGGGACUUGGCAGAUCUCACCGUCACCAAUGACAACGACCUCAGCUGUGAUCUGUCUGACAGCAAAGAUGCCUUUAAGAAGACCUGGAACCCCAAAUUCACCCUCCGCUCCCACUACGACGGCAUCCGCUCCCUCGCGUUCCACCACAGCCAGUCAGCUUUGCUCACGGCUUCCGAGGAUGGCACACUCAAGCUCUGGAACCUGCAGAAGGCGGUCACGGCCAAGAAGAAUGCCGCGCUAGACGUGGAGCCCAUCCACGCCUUCCGGGCUCACAGGGGCCCCGUGUUGGCAGUAGCCAUGGGCAGCCGCAGUGAAUACUGUUACAGUGGCGGGGCAGAUGCCCGCAUCCACAGCUGGAAGAUUCCAGACCUCAACAUGGACCCCUACGACGGUUACGACCCGAGCGUGUUGAGCCAUGUCCUGGAGGGCCACGGGGACGCGGUGUGGGGCCUGGCCUUCAGUCCCACCUCCCAGCGUCUGGCCUCCUGCUCUGCUGACGGCACCGUCCGCAUCUGGGACCCCAGCAGCAGCCCGACCUGCCUCUGUACCUUCCCCGCAGCCAGCGAUCAUGGGAUCCCCACCUCAGUGGCCUUCACCAGCACCGAGCCUGCCCACAUUGUGGCCUCCUUCCGCUCUGGCGACACCAUCCUGUAUGACCUGGAGGCUGGCAGUGCCCUCCUCACGCUGGACUCCCGGGGGAACAGUGGCCCAACCCAGAUCAACCAGGUGGUGAGCCAUCCAAGCCAGCCCCUCAGCAUCACCGCCCAUGACGACAGAGGCAUCCGCUUCCUGGACAACCGGACAGGGAAAUCCGUGCACUCCAUGGUCGCCCACCUCGAUGCGGUCACCUGCCUGGCCGUGGACCCCAAUGGUGUAUUCCUGAUAUCGGGAAGCCACGACUGCUCCCUGCGUCUGUGGAGUCUGGACAAUAAGACGUGCGUUCAGGAGAUAACAGCCCACCGCAAGAAGCAUGAGGAGGCCAUCCACGCCGUCGCCUGCCACCCCAGCAAGGCCCUUAUCGCCAGUGCGGGUGCCGACGCCCUGGCCAAGGUCUUCGUAUGAUGCCCACCUGGCCCCGCCCAGGCCGCCAUGCUGGCUAGGAAGCGGGCCGGGCAGGUGGGACUGAGGUGACCCCCAGCCUCGGUCUGGAGGCCCCGAGGCCCGGUCUCUUCCUGCCUGCCUUGGAGCCUGGUGGUGCUAACGGCCCUCUCCCCAGGAGGCCCUCCCCUCGGCCCGCCCUUCCCCGGGCCUCCUGGCAGGGUGUGCCCUCCUUCAGGAAUCGCCCUCCAGGAUGGUCUCUGGGAAUUUCCUCUUCACCCUGACACCCACUCCAGGUCUCUGAGCCACCUUCUUGGAGGCCGUACAACCAGGGCAGGGUGUCCUUGGGGAUCCGCUGUUCCAAGACGCCAGAAGGUGCCAGGUUCUCUCUUUGAACCCCUGACCCCUCCUCUCCACCUCCCUGGACCUGGGUGGGCUCUGUGCCAGGAGCCCGAUGCCCCUGCUCCGGGUCUGCCGAGGCCCUGGACCCAGCUGCAGGCCGGGCUGUCCUCCCCGGGGGUGCGGGCCUGGCCCGCCCCGGGAGCGUGCCCAGGAAGCCCCCUCCCCUCCAGCUCCCUCGACACAGCUUUCCAGACACUACCCAACGCCGCGGGGGCCAGUAACUGCCUGGGGAGCGGGUGAGGCCCUUGGGGGAGGCGCCCGUCCCUACCUCCCCCAGUACUCCUCCAAGGGCAGCCCCCCCGAACCCCCAUGGGGUCACCCAUGGGGAGACAUGGCCUUCUCUUGUCCCUCCGUGGGGCAUGGAGGGUGGAGUGGGGUCCCCCGGGCCCCCCAUAACUCCCUGUAUAUCUGUAUAAAUAAAUGGGAUUUUAAUGGAGCCCCACCCCCACCCAUGUUGUUAUCACUGUGUGAUAGUCUGUGCGUCUCCUCUCCUGACCCUCCACUCUCUUCCUCUAUUUAUUUCACUCUUUUUUGGGUUCCACCCUCUGCCCUCAGGCCCCCUUCCAGGUUCCUGUUUAUAAGGCCCAUCUCCUCUGCCCUGGACUUGUAUGUGAAUCUUGUCUCAAUAAACCCU